GCGAGACAAGGCGGGCGAAGGGUAGAAGCUCCGCGCUCCCCGGCCGCGCUGCGGGGGCGGUGACUCAGCACCCCCUCGACUCCCCCCUGCGGGGGAAGGGAGGAGCAGCGGCUACCGCCGCGCGAGCCCCCGGCCCGCGUGGCGCAUGCGCGGCAGCCGCAGCCUGGAGUUGUGAAUGGUGCGGCUGUUUGGCCGGAGUUUACGAGCCGGGAGGAAGUCGUGGGGGAGGGGGCUGAGUGCGCGGCGGUUGCGGCGGGGGGCGGUGGUGGGAUCUGCCGCGUCGGGUCGGCCCGGGAGAGCGGGGUGCUAACAAAGGGCAGGGCGAACCGCGCUGGGCCGGGGAGGCGGCAGCACCAUCACCAUCACCAUGCCGCGGGUGGUGCCCGACCAGCGCAGCAAGUUCGAGAACGAGGAGUUCUUCAGGAAACUGAGCCGCGAGUGCGAGAUUAAGUACACUGGCUUCAGGGACCGGCCGCAUGAGGAGCGCCAGGCCCGCUUCCAGAACGCCUGCCGCGACGGACGCUCCGAGAUCGCUUUCGUGGCCACAGGAACCAAUCUGUCUCUCCAGUUUUUUCCGGCCAGCUGGCAGGGAGAGCAGCGGCAGACACCAACCCGGGAGUAUGUCGACUUUGAAAGAGAAGGAGGCAAGGUGUACUUAAAGGCGCCUAUGAUUCUAAAUGGUGUCUGUGUUAUCUGGAAAGGCUGGAUUGAUCUACAGAGACUAGAUGGUAUGGGCUGCCUGGAAUUUGAUGAGGAGAGAGCACAGCAGGAGGAUGCGUUGGCACAGCAAGCCUUUGAAGAAGCUCGGAGAAGAACUCGUGAAUUUGAGGACAGAGACAGGUCUCAUCGAGAGGAAAUGGAGGUGAGGGUUUCACAGCUGCUGUCAGUAACUGGCAAGAAGACAGCAAGACCCUAGUCCUGGAUCUAACCUAGGAAGUGGUGAUGACCUCAAACUACGUUAAUCAACAGCAGCAGCAGACAUGCCAUGAGUCUGUGCAUAUGCAUUGCUUAUACUUGGCAAAGGAUUGAAUAAAAGACCAGAAACUGUGAUAACUCGGUAUACUAUGGUCUAUUUCCUGACCGGCGGCAGUCACAAACAUCAUGAACUGCCAUGGUUUGCACUAUGUUUAUGUUACAAUACCUGCAUUUCCCAUUUUAAGCAUGUAGCCAGUGGCAAUUUGAGAUUUUGUUUUUCUAUGCAAACUUAUUUUUGUUGGCACUGUCUUAGUGAAAUGGAAACUUAUGCAGCUAUAAAACCAUUUUUCUCAACUGUAAUAAAUUGUCACUUAAAAAUAGGUCAAGAUAUUGCAGAUUACAAUUUGUUUUGUUUUUUGUAAAUUGCUGGAAGCCAAUGCAUUCCAAACUUGAUUUUUUUUAUAUGGGCUUUUGGAAGUUUCAUUUGUCAUUAUUGUGCUCCUGCUUUUAGAUAUGCAUUCUUAUCUUUUUUGCAGUUCUCUUUUUUUUGUGGAUUUGCAAGACUUUUUAAAGACUGAUGACUUUUUUUUACAUUAUUAACAAGUUAAGCCCAGUAGCACAGAGCUGUCAAUCAAUUUUCUAACAUUUGUUUUUGAUUGUUCAAGUUGCAGUAUUCUUUUAACUGCUAACAACUCAUUGGUUCCAUAUUUUUAAAUGUUAAUUUUAAAAAAUAUAUAUAUUUUUAUGUCCUAGUACAUUCUGUCCCAGGACCUAUUCUAGGUUUUAUUUCAGUGCAAAAUGAGUUUGGGGGUUAAUCUGCCCCUGUAUAUAGUACUCUACUGAAACUUUCAGGAAGUUGCAGGCUGGCUUCUGUUUUAUUCAGGGAUUUUUUUUUUAAUAGUUCUAAAAUGGAAUAUUGCAACUUUAUGAUUAAAUUUGACAGCAUGUUAAACUGGGGACAAAGUGAUCAGCUGCAAAUAUGUGUAUUAAAUCAUGUUUAAGAUAGCUGCUUUAAAUGUAUUUUAUACUUUAUGCUUUUUGUAAAAUCAUGCUGAAUGAUGAAAGAGAUCAGUGGUUGUGUACAGAAAAAUUCAUUGUGCAUAUAACCCACUUUUUUUUUUAUUAAAUCUUCUACAAAUAAAGCAAAGUUACACAGUAAUGUUUUCCACCAGGGUAAGAUUUGAAAUUAAUUUACUUGUGUGAAUGAAUGACUUUGUAAAGGGCUUACUCCUAAUUUCCAUUAACUUCAUUACUAACAUAACAGUUUGAAAAGUACUGCCAUUUGGUUUUGUUUGCAUCUAUUUUCUAACUUUCAGUUGUUUUAAUUUUGUCAUGUGAAAUAAUUGCUUAAUAUUAAAAUGCUACAGCUGUUUGGUAAACAAUUUUGAAAAGGAGUCUGUGGGAACAUCAGGUGAAAAUAUUUGGAUGCAUUGAUUUAGCUAUGGGUAAUCUGAAGAUCAGCUUCAUUGUGGCUUUCGGCCUUCCCAGGUGUUUUUUUUCCCCCUUCCCCAAAUAACCUUUUUUUUCUAGGAAGUUUCUGUAACAUACAUACAGUCCUAGCACUAUCCUGGUUCCUUUCUGCAUUCUGUGUAAUUUUGAUGCAGUAGGCUGAAUAUUUAUUUUACAUAAUUUUCCUAAUUGUUUUGGAUUGUGUUUUUUAAACCAUAAGUACACAGAAAAUUAUGCUAUCAGAUACUAACAUUACUCUGUGUAAAUACUGAACUUUCCCUAUCAUCAUUUAGCAUUGUGCUGCUUACUAUAUCUUAAUGCUGGCAUUAAGAUCACAAGCCCUUACCCUCUUCUGGUUAGAGCAGACUUUUUAAAGUGCGUUUUAAGUUAUUGAUGCAAUUUGAUAUUUUUCAUAAUUUCUAUUUAAACAGAAGUUGCAUCAUCUUUCUUGAAUUCAUCUCCUCUAAGAGUUGCCUUAAGCUACAGGAUUGCUUUUGCUACUUUUGUGUUGUAUGUUUAACUUACUUUCAUAAUAAACUUCUUGUGUAGUGAAAACAAA